GCGUCGCACCUACGCACGCAUCGGAAGAAUCAGCGGUUGUUGUUGUUGGAAACGGUGGAAGUCCACAAACACACACACACAUACACUCCAACACACACACACACACUCCCACGGCAAACACAAUUUUCCGCUGGCCAAAUAAAAUAAAGAAGAAAAGAAAAAUAAAACCGAGGGACAAGCAAAGUGAUAAAGACAAAGUGUUCAAGACAAAAUGUAAUAAAUAUUAUUAAAUAUAUAUGUACAACAGAAAACCAAUAAAUAAUUAACUUAAAUAACUAAACGCUAAGCUGGAGCUCGGAGCAAUGUCAAGGGAGCGGACACGCAAGGAUGUCCCGUCUAAGAUGCGCACAAUUAGCUUAAAACGACAGCGGGAAAACUUGGAAUACUAAAGGCAAUGCACAGGAGGAAGCAGCAGGAGCAGCAGCAGCAGCAAGGACAGACAGAAUUUACAAGCAAAAGGAUAAUCACAAUCACCAAGCAGCGAACACGAAUAACCAACACCAACAAACCGAACUAUUAACGAAAUAUUUUAACUUAACUGUAGCACAACGGAAGCCUUACAAACAACAACAACAAAACCAUUUGUGCUGUGCUUUAAUUAUAGUAAAGAAAAUAUAAAAAACAUAAAACACGAUAGAAACACCAAACACAACUACAAACGACCCCAAGAAAACCGCGUAAUUAUUACAAAUUAAAAACUAAUAAUAAUAAUCAUUAUUCUUCCACUUGAGAGUUUGAAAUGCGUACAUUUUUAAAUCGAUAUUUAAACUAGUAGCAAAUUAUUAUUAACAGAAAAUCGAAGUAUAUAUAUAUACCAUAUAACCGUUUAACGUUCAUUACAAGUUUAGCGAAAAGAGCGUUGUGAAUUCUAACUAGAAGCAGGCGAAGACGAAACGGUUUACGAUCCUCUCUCUCUCAACUUAGAGCAAAUUGUACGCAAUUAGUAGCAUUUUAAACGUAAGGUUUUAAUCCGAACAAAUUUUUAAACGAGCUUCAAAACACACACCAACACACGAGGUGAAUAAUAGAAAAAACCCCGAAUACAUAAAACACACACGGCAGGACCUUAUCCUUAACCUUAACCACGGCGCCAGGAGUGUGUGUAACAAUCAAAUGCUUGGCGCAGCGCCAGAAAGUAGGCAGCCCGAAAAGUAGGCAGUAGAAAAUUUAUACAAAUUUGGCGCCAGCGAAAAAAAAGAACCGAGAGCCCAGCGCCAAGGACUCUGACGACCUUCGCGUGUGCAGGCGUCGUUGCACAAUAAAGGACGCCACUCACUCACACACACACACACAAGAGCGCUCGCGUCACCCAGACGAAAACACAUACACCUAGAAGCCGACACACAGACACACACAGGACAUACACAGGACAAUUGCAUGGGCAGCCGCCAUGACCGGAAGUGAAGUACGGUCACGUCCACGUCCACUGGCCUUUGCAUAACAAUCAGCCCGCGUAGAAGACCCCCUCAAAGGGAACGGGGCGAAAAGGAUACGCCAAAGGAGCAGGUGCUACCGCAGUAGGACACCAGGAAACAUUAGGAGGGGCGAAUAUAGCCCCCAACCGGCACAGGAGCGCCACUUUCACACGCCGACCGGCCCGCAAAAAUGCAGGAAAUGAGCUACCUGCAGGAUAAUUCCAAGCUGGAGGCCCUCACCAAGGCGGUGCUCAUAUCCAUACUGGGCGUGGCCAUCGUCCUGUCCAACCUCCUCAUCAUCGCCACCUAUGCCAACUUCAAGGGCCCCACAGAGGUGAUCAACUACUACCUGCUGUCUCUGGCCAUCGCCGAUCUGCUCUGCGGUCUGCUGGUGGUGCCCUUCUCCGUGUACCCCGCCCUCACCGGAGAAUGGAUGUAUGGCGACAUUGUGUGUCGCUUCACGGGCUACCUGGAGGUCACUCUGUGGGCGGUGUCCGUCUACACUUUCAUGUGGAUCUCGGUGGAUCGGUAUCUGGCGGUGCGCAAGCCUCUGCGCUAUGAAACGGUGCAGACGAAGACGCGCUGCCAGUGCUGGAUGGUGUUCACCUGGAUAUCGGCGGCCCUGCUGUGCUGCCCCCCAAUAUUGGGCUACUCGAAGCCGAUCGAAAACAAUGUGACGCACAUCUGCAUGCUGGACUGGGGGAAUAUGGCGGCGUACACGGUCACGUUGGCGAUUUUAGUCUUAGGUCCCAGCCUCAUUUCGAUCGUACACAACUACGGCUACAUCUUUGUUAUGAUGCGUAAGAUUAGGUCCGGCGAGCCAAUUCACGAUAAAGAAUAUGCAACUGCUCUGGCUGAAAAUUUAUCGAACCCUAGUCAUAUGAUGUCAUUCGCAUUAGUCUUUGCAUUCUGGGUGUCCUGGCUGCCAUGGAUCUCGUUGCGUCUGUAUGAGGUGGUCACGGGCGACGUUAUCCAAAGUACUCUUAUCAAUUUCGCCGUCGUCUGGAUCGGCAUAUUGAAUUCGUUUUGGAAAAUUCUGAUCAUGACCAGUAUGUCGCCGCAAUUCCGUAUCGCUUUGAGAGUAUUUUGCUUAACCAUUUGUUGUAAGACUAAGGGCCGUUUGCAAGCAGAGCUAAUCGGGUUGGACCCAGAUGACUAGAGUUAGAUUUAGAUUUUCAUUAUCCCCAAUUAAAUAAUUGCCCUCCUACCUGCCUCCCUUCCUAGACCGUCCUAGUAACCCGUAAUCCGCAAAUCCAUCACCUGUAAUCCGAAAUCCAAAGUCCGCAAUCCACAAGAUCCCGAAAAAGUAAAAAAUUGGUUGUAAUUGCAUUGAGCCAUUUCCCAGACUCUCUCUUUGCCAUAUAGUUGCAUAUUUACGGCCCGGUUGGCGCUACGCACCACCACAAACCACUGAAAAACGCAGAAACUCAACAAAAACAAAUUAAAUAUACAAUAUAACUUGCAAUGUUAUAUGAAUCAUACAGCAACCACACAGAGACACCGCACAGCCACUCAGAAACACACUCACACGCCGAAAGACAUAUUCAUAUUUCUAGACUAAUAAGCUAAGCUAAGAGUUUUUAGCGUAUCCGAUUAUGAUUGAUUGAUUGAUUGCAUUGAUUGACGAUUAUUAUUGUGUAUUUAUGAGCUUACCACGUAUAUAUACAUACUUGUACUUAAAUCUAGCUAUACUUGUACGCAUAAUUCUGAUCGUAGACAAGAGACAAUUCACAGCAAAUCCGACAGCCGAUUGAUGCAGCUGCAUUUCCGUUUCCGGUUAUAUAAAAUGAAAUCAUAUAAGCUAUUUAAACUAGAAACUUGAUAACUUGUUAGCAUGACAACUUAAAAGUAUAAACCUUUUUCAAAGUCCAUAUUAAGUAGCAUUUAGAAUUUUACAAAACAAAUCGUGUGUAGAGUUUACUAAACAAUUUGCCAAACUUGACGACGGGCCGGAAAUCGGAAAUGGGAAAUCGCUAUUCAAAAUUCAGAAACUUCAAUCUUCGCACGCUUCGCGACUUUCGAACGGAGAAGAUCCUAAGAUCCUAGGAAUAAUAUAUAACCAAAGCGAUCAAACCGAAAACAAAUAACAUUUCCAGUAGUUUUUAGCCAUAAAUAAUACGAAUUAAUUAAAUUGAAGGGGCAAUGGAGCGACGGAGCCCACUAUCUAGGCUAGUGUCAAGUUUCAAUCGUGCUUAAAUCGGUGGAAAUCGAGCGAAUAUUUUCCGAAUUUGGCCGCGCACCUGAACGCCUCCACCUGGCCGGGUUCCCAACAGACUGUUGCAAUUUUGCCUAGUUCCCUUAGUGGGUCGAAUUCAGUAUCCCAGGCCCAGCCAGCGGGGUGUCCAGGUGCCAGGAUAUAGACAUCGUUGAUAUCUUAAUCGCCAAAUACGAAAAAAUUGUAACGAGAGUAUGAAAAAUCGAAAUGCCGAUAACGAAACAUUGUGUAUAUUUUGUUGUUGUACAUUAUUUCAUUAAAGCGAUCUUUUGUACAUUUUAUUUAUAGUUUUAAAUGUUACUUUAAAGCAAGUGUUAUCGAUUUGUAAGUGUAAGGAAAUUGUUAGAGCCGUAUAAGCAGAUAGAAAGACGUUUGGCGUAAAUAUAAAUUAAUGAGCGCAGUAAA